CGGGAGCGCGCCUCUACUGCCACCCUGGAUGUUGCGGCUGUCUCUGCGCAUCCUCCUCCUCCUCCUCUGCGGACACGAGUGUUGGAGGAAACAAGGACGGGGUUCUUCUGCGCGGUUUAUCGGUGUCAGCGCCGCAGAGAGAGGCCCGUGACACCGAGGAAGGGUGAGCUCCUCCCCGGGACGCAGCGCUGCGGUUGAUCCGGGUCAUGGCGCAGCUGAGAGCCGGAGAUGCUCGGCUCGGAUGAAGGAGGCUCUGAAUAAGAACCGGACUAAACUCUGAUCCUGUGUGUUUGUUUAUUUGUGUGGAGGUGGAAGCAGCAGCCAUGGUGGAUGCGGCGGAGUGCGGGGUGAGGGUGAUGUGUCGCUUCAGGCCCCUGAACGAGGCCGAAAUCACCAGAGGAGACAAAUACAUCCCGAAAUUCAAAGAGGACGACACUGUGCUCAUAACGGGAAAACCGUACGUGUUCGACCGGGUGCUGCCUCCCAACACGUCGCAGGAGCAGGUGUACGACCAAUGCGCCAAACAGAUCGUCAAAGAUGUGCUGGGAGGUUACAACGGGACCAUCUUCGCCUAUGGACAGACGUCCUCUGGGAAAACUCACACCAUGGAAGGAAAACUCCACGACCCUCAGCUCAUGGGCAUCAUCCCUCGCAUCGCCCACGACAUCUUCGACCACAUCUACUCCAUGGACGAGAACCUCGAGUUCCACAUCAAGGUCUCCUACUUUGAAAUCUACCUGGACAAGAUCAGAGACCUCCUGGACGUGUCCAAGACGAACCUCUCUGUGCACGAGGACAAAAACAGAGUUCCCUACGUCAAGGGUUGCACCGAGCGUUUCGUGUCCAGUCCAGAGGAGGUGAUGGACGUUAUCGAUGAGGGCAAAGCUAAUCGGCACGUGGCUGUGACCAACAUGAACGAGCACAGCUCUCGCAGCCACAGCAUCUUCCUCAUCAACAUCAAGCAGGAAAACAUCGAGACGGAGAAGAAGCUGUCGGGGAAACUCUACCUGGUCGACCUGGCCGGGAGCGAGAAGGUGAGUAAGACGGGAGCGGAGGGCGCCGUGCUGGACGAGGCCAAGAACAUCAACAAAUCUCUGUCUGCGCUGGGGAACGUCAUCUCAGCUCUGGCCGAGGGAACCAAAUCCCACGUGCCGUACAGGGACAGCAAGAUGACUCGCAUCCUGCAGGACUCUCUGGGAGGAAACUGCCGCACCACCAUCAUCAUCUGCUGCUCGCCGUCCGUCUACAACGAGGCCGAGACCAAGUCCACGCUCAUGUUCGGACAGAGAGCUAAGACCAUCAAGAACACGGUGUCGGUGAACCUGGAGCUGACGGCCGAGGAGUGGAAGAAGAAGUUCGAGAAGGAGAAGGAGAAGAACAAGGGUCUGAAGAGCGUCAUCCAGAGGCUGGAGGCCGAGCUGAACCGCUGGAGGAACGGUGAGAACGUCCCCGAGGACGAGCAGCUGAGCUCCAAAGACCAGAAGAACGUGGAGCCGUACGACAACACCCCCAUCAUAGACAACCUGCUGCCGGCCGGAGGAGGAGGAGGAGGAGGAGGAGGAAGGAAAGGAGGAGGAGGAGGAGGCUUGGUAUCGGUGACCUGUGAGGAAAGGAGCAAAUACGAGGACGACAUCAGCGACCUGUACAAACAGCUGGACGAUAAGGACGAUGAAAUCAACCAGCACAGUCAGCUGGCAGAGAAACUCAAGGAGCAGAUGAUGGACCAGGAAGAGCUGCUGGCGUCGACGCGCCGCGACCACGAGAAGAUCCAGGAGGAGCUGUGCCGGCUGCAGACGGAGAACGAGCUGGCCAAGGAGGAGGUGAAGGAGGUGCUGCAGGCUCUGGAGGAGCUGGCCGUCAACUUCGACCAGAAGAGCCUGGAGGUGGAUGAGCGGGAGCAGGCCAACCUGCAGCUGACCGAGGAGCUGCAGCACAAGACGGCGCUGCUGUCGGUGGUGCAGAGGGAGCUGAGUCAACUGCAGGAGCUGAACGGCCUCCAGAGGAAAAGAGCCGCCGAGGUCCUCAACCUGCUGCUGAGGGACCUCGGAGACAUCGGAGCCAUCAUCGGCACCGGGGACGUCAAGUCCCUGGAGACCAAGGGGAACGGUUCGGCGGUGGAGGAGGAGUUCACGGUGGCUCGGCUCUACAUCAGCAGGAUGAAGUCGGAGGUGAAGUCUCUGGUGAACCGCAGCAAACAGCUGGAGAGCUCCCAGGCCGACGUCCUCCGCAAGAUCCAGGCCAACGAGAAGGAGCUGGCCUCCUGUCAGCUCCUCGUCUCCCAGCACCAGGCCAGGAUCAGGUCUCUGACGGACUACAUGCAGAACAUGGAGCAGAAGAAGAGGCAGCUGGAGGAGACUCUGGACUCUCUGACUGAAGAACUGGGACAACUCCAGACCCAGGAGAAGAGGCACGAGGUGAAGGAGAAGGAGGACAUCGGCAGACUGGACAGAGACGAGGAACUCAAGACGGCUGUGGAGGAGCAGCUGGAGAAGCACAGAGACGUCCAUCAGAAGCAGAUCAGCCGACUCCGAGACGAGAUGGAGGACAAGCAGAGGAUGCUGGACGAGCUGACAGAUCUGAACCAGGGUCUGUUACUGGAGCAACAGAGACUCAGGACGGACUACAAGAAACUGAAGACGGAGGAACAGGAGAAGGACAAGGAGCUACAGAGACUGGUGAUCCUGAACGAACAGAGGGAACAAGCCAGAGAAGAUCUGAAGGGUCUGGAGGAGACUGUGGCCAAAGAGCUUCAGACUCUCCACAACCUUCGUCAGCUCUUCGUUCAGGAUCUGACCACGAGGGUCAAGAAGAGUGCAGAGCUGGACUGUGAGGAAGGGCUGAGCAACGCCGCCCAGAAACAGAAGAUCUCGUUCCUGGAGAACAACCUGGAGCAGCUCACAAAGGUUCACAAGCAGCUGGUUCGAGACAACGCUGACCUUCGCUGCGAGCUGCCCAAGCUGGAGAAGCGUCUGAGAGUGACGGCGGAGAGAGUCAAAGCCCUGGAGAACGCCCUGAAGGAGGCCAAGGAGAACGCCAUGGGGGACCGCAAGCGCUACCAGCAGGAGGUGGACCGGAUCAAGGAGGCCGUCCGGGUCAAGAACAUGCUCCGCAGGGCGUACUCCGCACAGAUCGCGAAGCCCAUCAGGCCGGGCCACCACCCCCAGGUGCCCCCCAGCUCCAGCUCCAUCAGAGGCCGUGGCGUCUACGCCCACAAAUGAAACCGCCGCCAACAGUUACCCUGCAGACGCAUGACCACCACCUCACCUGGAUCCACAAGCCCCGCCCCUCCCCUUGGAGCACCAAUGGGAGUCCUUCCUCACAGACUGUCAUCGCUCAGAGGAGAAACGCCUGUAAAUACUGACAUGAACGUAGAUCUACGAGCCCUCAUUUCUAACACGUUACAACAUGUUUCUGUGAUUCUCUGAUCGUACGGCGACAAAAUUAAUUAAUCAGAUUAAAUAUUUUAGGAGGGAUUAAUUAGCAUAACAUUAGGAAGCUAAUGUUUGUGCAGCUUUACACAAAGGGAAGUAGCAGUAGAUUUAUAAUUCAGUAUCAAACCAGCAUUCAUUCAUUUAAAGGGAUAGUUUGGAAACAAUAGUUUACGUGCAGCCAGCAGCUGGUUAGUCUAGCUAAGCAUUUAGACUAGCUUAGCAUAACAAAAAAAAACACAGAAAGAGCUAGCCUGUCGGCUGACACUUUUAAGUCUAUAGUAAUGUAAGCUAAGCUAACUAGCUGCAGGCUUUAGCGUCACAUGUAGGCCUACUCCUCCAUAAAUGCUAACAGUGGAUUUUUAAAAGUGGGGAAAAUUAGAUAUUCAAACAAAUUCUACAAUAAAUGCCAACUUGUAAUUUAUUUAUUUUUAUUUAUUCCCGUGUUCUCAUUGUAUUGUUUAUCUGGUUUUAUUUUUUUGUAAUUGUUUUGUUCAUACGCAGAGCUAAAUUUAACGGUGCAUAAAUGCUAACGUUGGAAGUUGGAAAUGUUGAAACUAUACGAAUGUCUUCUGUUUUUGUUUUUUUUAAUUAUUUCCCCAAGCCGCCAUUCAGGGACACUGACCAGCCAAUCAGACGCUCCUUGAAGCAGCUUCUUUAAAACUUUUUCUUAAUUGUUUUUUGCAACGUCCUGCUUUCCCGUUAACGAUCCUGAUCGGCCAAUCAGAGUCGAGGACGGAGCAAAGCAGCUCUUCUCUUAAAUCCCUCCGAUGGUCUGAAAGUCUUCGUUAUUCACUCUGCCACACUUUGUGCCUUUAGAAACACCCGAAAAAGUCAGAAUAACAGACUUCAACUGAGCACCCGCAGAACGACAAAUCUAUUUCCACCCUCUUAAAGAUGCAUUUAAAUGUCUGCGCUGCUUUUCUUCAUGCUGCCGGCUGAGCAUGUGUUUGAACAUCACCACAUAUCUGGAAAACUGCAUGGACUGGAGCUCGAGUUAUAAAGGCAUGCUCAGGGAGGGCUGUUUGUUUACCUCAUCAUGAUGUACAUUUUUGUCGUGGCUUCACACAUCUGAAUAUACCUGAUGCAAUUAAAGCGAAUAAAGAUCUAUUUCCAGUUUUUGUUUUUCCGAGAUCAAA